AUGCAGCUUGUUGCAUCUGCAAAUAGUGCUUGGGCGCUAGAUGUAACAGACGAUUUGCAGCAUUUGCUGGUGGCCGUACCCGCCGUGUCACACUUCCUCCUGUCCUGCCCUUCCUGUGACUCCCACCACUCCCGCCCUUACGACAGCGUCGUGCAGGUGUCACUGAGCGGCAUGGCGGCAGUUUCGUUCCUCUGCCUCACCGGGUUCGUUAAACAGUACGGACUCAGAAGGUUCCUUUUCUUUGAUAAGCUCCGCGAUGAGAGCGAAACCGUUAGGAAUAACUACAUGUUCGAACUCAACAGGUCACUGAAGAUCAUAUCGGUAUUUGUUGUGCCGUGCUUCGCUGCGGAGAGUGCAUACAAAAUAUGGUGGUACGCAUCAGCAUCGUCACAGAUACCCUUCUUUGGUAGCGUGUACGUCACCGGUACAGUGUUGUGCAUAUUAGAACUCUGUUCCUGGCUGUACCGAACCACCGUAAUAUUUCUCGUGUGCAUUCUGUUCCGUCUGAUCUGCUAUCUCCAGAUCCUACGGCUGAAGGACUUUGCCACGGUGUUCCACGUGGACUCGGACGUGGCUACUGUGCUCUUGGAGCACUUGAGGAUCAGGAGGCACCUGCGAAUCAUCAGCCACAGGUACCGCGCGUUCAUUAUACUCGCUAUCGUAUUGGUCACUGGAAGCCAGCUCAUGUGUCUUCUUGUCACUACCAAAGCCAGAAAUCAAGUCAAUAUCUACAAAGCCGGGGAGCUUGCGUUGUGUUCCGUUACACUUCUUUCUGCAUUGUGCAUAUUGUUACGUAGUGCGACAAAGAUCACACAUAGAGCACAGGCGAUCACAGGGCUGGCUGCCAAGUGGCAUGUUUGUGCGACGUUGGAUUCGUUCGACGGAGCAGGCGCCGGUGAUGGACUAGUGGCAGCGGCUGAGAAUUCCACAGAGAGAAUCUUCCCUCACGUUGGUACGGAUGGAGAUUCAUCAGAUACUGAUGAUGGUGGUGACGAAGAAGAUGACAUUAAUUCUACCAAGUUAAUCCCGUCUUAUGCUUACAGCACUAUUUCAUAUCAAAAGACACAAGCCCUUGGUAUGUUCUCUUAA